UAUUAUAAGCAAAGAAUAGUAGUUUAGUUAAGGAUAGAGGAACACGAUAGGAAUUAUAAACAUCUCAGUUCUGUCCUUCUGUCUGUGGCAUUGUGAUUCACAUGAUCAAGAACGCUUUAGUGCAUUGAAAGUAGAGGUAAAUUUUAAAAUUAGUAAAUGGUAAAAAUCCUGGAACUAUAGAGUACAGAUACUAUUUCAAGAUUGUGUAUGCCGGUUAAAACUAUUUAUUUUGUCUUGAUCGGAAAAAUAUUGAAAUCAUUUUUCCCGUGGAAAUGUCGAAUCCAUCUACAUCUGGGCGGAAUAGAAGUUUUGGCAAUGGACGUUUUAUCUCUCAUGAGUCUCGAAGAACGAGAGACCAACGAGGUAAGAGGAGGACAAAUUCCCAAAAAAAUAGAGAUGAGGAAACAUCCAGUUCUUCUUUUGGUGGAUUCCCUAUGAGAAGUCGAAGUCAUUCUGAAGAAAGAUUCACCGGAGGAAGAAAUGACCCCAGAAAUUAUAGGAGAGCUCCACACCAUGAAAGUGGUGAGAGAUAUGCUGUAAGGCAAAUGGGAUUCAAAAACCUCCAAGAUUUAUUGAGAAAUCAGGAUCUUGAACAAGUUAUAUUCAGUUUGAACAAUGACAAAAGAGGCUUCAAAGAGUUAUUGGAGAGCAGGGAGAUUUCCAAUGAUAUGAUUGUUAUGUUGGUGCAGCUUCAAUGCAGGAUAUGUGACUGUACCUUUCCUGAAUUGAAAUUGGCACUGUUUGAGCUGGCCCUGAGAACUAGCUUCAUUGAUAAUGUUGUCAAGUUUGUAUCUACUGUGGUACUUCAAAGUGAUCAUGAGAAGAAACAUAACGCCUUAUUUUGGAAUGGAAUUGACGGAUUUUGGAAGAACUUGCUCAAAAUUUCCGUAAAUUAUCAUGAUAUGAUCCCAACUACUUCCUGUGAGGCAAUUUUGAAGCUUUUAAAAGCUGCAAAAUUGAGUAUCCCUGUGAUUUUGAAUAACCAUAAAGGUGUACAUAUUUCUGAUGAAGUUAAAGUUGCGGUAGAAAAAAUGUACGAGUUGUUAGAGUCAACAUCUGCAGAAAUAGAGAAGAAAUUAGAAAUAGAGAAGGUGAGAAGUGAGAACGGCCAAGAGGAACCUCCUCACGAUUUUAGAGAUAUCAGCGUUUAUCCAAGUCCCAUGGAGGUUACCCUUCCAGAUUCUCCCUUUUUGAGGCCAAAUGUCACUAAAGGUCCUUAUCAGAGCGUCAAUCACUAUUUGGAUGUGCAAUUUCGGUUGCUCAGGGAAGAUUUUGUGGCCCCUUUGAGAAGGGGGAUCUGCAAGUAUAAGGAAAACCCCAAGGAAAGAUUGGAAAAUUUAAAAAUAUACAAUCCCAUCAAAUUCCUAGAACAGGAAACAGUUACUGAACAAAACUGCUACAGAAUACAAUUUGAUUUUACCAAUACAAAACGUACUUAUGUGUAUGAAAACUCCAGGAGGUUCAUGUUUGGUGCUUUACUUUGUUUUACACACGACAAUUUUAAGACGCUUUUGUUUGGAAAGGUUGUGAAGCGGGACGCAAAAGAUUGUCUGGAAAAAGGGCAGCUCAUUGUAGGCUUCAAUGCUGAUGUCGCUUUACCACCGAAUUUGCUUCAACAAAAGUUUUUGAUGUUGGAAAGUACAGUGUUUUUCGAGCCUUAUUACCAGGUACUGAACGUUUUAAAAAAGAUGUGCCCUGAGGCUUUCCCAAUGGAGCGCUACAUUAUUCGAGUAGAAACACAAACUGCUCCGCCCGACUAUCUCCUCAAAGGCGACAUUCAAAUGUACACCAUAGGGUCCGAAACUUUCUCUCCGCUCGACUGGGGCAAAAGGAGAUUCUACUGGUUGAAUGACACUCAAAAUGAGGCUUUCCGAGCAGCCCUGACAAAGGAGUUCGCCAUCAUACAGGGUCCUCCUGGGACCGGAAAAACGUUUCUCGGACUCUGGAUUGCUCGUACUUUGUUAAGGAACAUGUCAGUUUGGUACACAAAAACGCCGAUAUUGGUAAUAUGUUACACGAAUCACGCUCUCGAUCAGUUUCUUCAAGGGCUGCUUCCGGAGACUAAUAGGGUUGUAAGAGUGGGAGGACAAUCGAAAAAUGAGAAUUUGAACAGUUUCAACAUCAGACACCAAAGAAGAAAGUAUCCGAACGAUGCCGUGUAUCAGAGAAGAGGCGAGGUUAGAGAUUUCCUGCAAAAGAUUUCUACGAUAAACUCGCAUCUGAACAUGAUAGCAUCGAACAGCAGUGUCAUCAGAUUCGAUGUGUUUGCAGAAGUGGUGCCAGGUUUUGCAGACACCUGGUUUGGUUCAGCAAACAGUGACCAAAUUUACAUGUGGCUCUUCGGAGGAUUCGAUGUUCACAGAUCCAGACGAAGAGAAAGAACCAAUGUAGGAAAUCAGGUGAACAGAGAUGCUGUUGCUAAUAAUGAGGAACCAAAAGAUGGAGAACAAAAAAGGAAAAAAUCAAAACAGGAGGAACCAACGGUAGAAGAACCUAUGAAUGUCGAUAACGAUGUUAUCAUUGAUGACAUUUUUGACGAUAUAGUAGUGCACGCUCUCAAUGAAUUGGUGAGCGUGAAAACUUUACAAAUUAAUCUCGACAACCUCUACAUCAGGAUCACGGAAUUGAACAAGAGACAAAAAUUGACCGAUCUGGACAAAUGGUCGAAAAUGCUGGAGGAAGAUAAGUUGAACAUUGAGAUUUACAGGACCGAAAAUGAAUUGCAGUAUCUCAAGUCCAGACUGAAUGAUAGAAGAAUAAACAAAAACGGGUUUCAACCGCAGUUUGUCGAUUUGAAGAAUCCUCACCGCAUGACCCCUAACGACAGAUGGCAGUUGUACUAUUACUGGCUGUCACUGUAUGUUGAACGUCUGAAAGUCAAGAAAGAAGAAAGCACCAGAUCAUUCAAAAAGGUGUAUGCGUUGUAUUCUGAGAUGAUGAGCAUGGAAGAUGCCCAAGUCAUGAAAGAGUCUUUGGUAAUUGGAAUGACAACCACCGGUGCUGCUCGUCUCCAAUCGUCUCUGCAGGUUCUCAAGAGUCCCAUAGUAAUUGUAGAAGAAGCUGCAGAAGUUCUGGAAGCCCACAUUAUCAGCGCUCUAACCGUGCACUGUAAACAUCUCAUCCUCAUCGGGGAUCAUCAGCAGCUGAAACCGUCAGCCGCAGACUUCAAGAUCGAGACGAAAUACCGCUUGGGCAUCAGCCUGUUUGAAAGGAUGGUCAUCAACGACAUCCAAUGCCACACUUUGGACGUCCAGCACAGAAUGAGGCCGGAGAUAUCAAGCCUGGUCAGACCGACCUUCUAUCCUGUGCUGAAAGACCACGAAUCUACGAUGGAUAGACCGUGUAUUGCUGGCGUAGAUAAAUGUCUUUAUUUCAUUGACCAUCAGGAGCAAGAGCAACUUUGCAAGGACAACAGCAAGAAGAAUAUCCAUGAGGCGCAGUUUUUGAUACAGUUUGCCAGACAUUUAAUCCUCAACGGUUAUAAACCACAAAAUAUCACGAUUUUGGCUGCCUACCUUGGGCAAAUGUUUGAGAUGCAAAGAGAAAAGGCUAAGUACAGGAUGCAACUCCAAGACGUCAGAAUUGCCGUUUUGGACAAUUACCAAGGAGAGGAGAGUAACAUAAUCUUAUUAUCCUUGGUCAGAAACAACCAAGAAAAUAAAAUUGGAUUUUUGAAGACAGAAAAUAGAGUGUGCGUUGCCCUGUCCAGGGCCAGAAAUGGCUUCUACAUGAUGGGAAACAUGACCAUGCUCUGUAACAACAGUGAGAUUUGGCCGAAAAUCAACGAGACAUUGAAGAGUCAAAAUGCCAUCGGUACCCAUUUGACUCUGCGUUGUCAGGUGCAUUUCGACAAAGUGACGAUGGUAAAGGCCGCAGAGGAUUUCUCGAAGUUGCCCGAGGGCGGAUGCGAUCGGAUGUGCGAGGCGAUGUUGAAUUGCGGCCAUAUAUGCAAGCGGUUGUGCCACUUCGAAGAUAAAGAACAUCAAAGAUUCAAAUGUAACAAGAGAUGUGAACGAUUACUCUGUGAAAAUACCGAGCACAAAUGCAAGAAACGAUGCUCCGAGAUAUGCGGACCUUGCAACUAUCCCGUGGAACGAAUCCUCGACUGCGGUCACACUGUAUCCAUCCACUGCUACAUCGAUCCUGCCGUGUACAAAUGCACUGCUCUGGUCGAAGCUAAACUGCCUUGCGAUCACGUAAACCAGAAACGCUGCCAUAAAGACGCAGAAACUGUCCGCUGUUCGCAUCCGUGCGAUACCAGAGUCGAGCCUUGUGGACACGCCUGCAUGAAGGCUUGUCACAUUGGAGACGAUCCUGAUCACCUGAAGUAUAAAUGCAAGAAAUCAUGUGAGAAACCAAUGAAAGGAUGCACAAUGACAGGAGUUGAAGGUCACCUCUGUCGUAAACUCUGUUUUGAAGAAUGUUAUUUUUGUGAGAUAGGCAUUCUGAAGAAGAGGUCCAAAUGCAGCCAUGCCUUCGAGGUUCCAUGCCAUGUAAACGUUGAUGAUAUUCCGUGUGCGAAGCCCUGUCAGAGAGAAUUGCCAUGUGGUCAUAAGUGCAAAAGAAAAUGUGAUGAACCAUGUGGGAAUUGUAUGGAAAAAGUUUCCAAAGAAGUUCCUGAUUGUAAACACAACAUUGAAAUAGCUUGCUUCCAAGAACCCGAUCGCAAAUACUGCGAAAAGAAAUGCCAACGCUUAUUGAGUUGUGGUCACCCAUGUAGAUAUACUUGUAAGGAAGUAUGCACCAAAGAUUGUAAAGUGACCGUAGAUUGUUCGAUUACUAGCCCUUGUGGGCACAUUAUCACGAAAAUCGUCUGUUAUCGGAAAGAUACAGCCGAUCCAGCGAUGUUACUGAAAAUGUGUUCGGAAAUGUGCUCGUUCAAGUUGGAUUGCGGCCACCAGUGCGCAGGCUCAUGCGGCGAAUGCGCACAGGGUAGGGCCCACCAAAGAUGCAAGGAAAAGUGUGGAGUUCUGCUGGUGUGCGGCCACGAUUGCCCGAUACCAUGCAGGGAGGCGUGCAAGCCCUGUCUCAGGGACUGCUUUUAUCGGUGCUCGGACAGUGUGUGCAAGAAGAAAUGCGGGGAGCCAUGUACCAAAUGCAAUGAACGAUGCAAGAGACGUUGCAUUCACCAGCAGUGCCGGAAUAAAUGCUGGGAUUAUUGCGACAUCGAUCCGUGCACCAAACCCUGCAAGAAAAGACUUCCCAAAUGCCGGCACCGUUGCGUCGGCUUCUGCGGCGAUCCGUGCCCAGUGCUUUGCAAAAUAUGCGACCGGGAAGAACUCACGCAGAUCUUUCUUGGCAAUGAGGACGAAGAGGACGCCAUCUACGUCAUGUUGGUCGAUUGCAAGCACGUUUUCGAGGCCAGCGAUAUGCUGCGUUGGCUUGAUAUGGACAAGGACCAGAUAAAACCGAAGGUUUGUCCAAAAUGUAAGACUGUCAUAAUGAAAACUGACAGAUACUCGGAGUACAUCAAGGAGAGCUUUGAUGAUAUGACUAAUGUCAAAAUGAAAUAUUAUGGGAGUCCAAGUGAAAUUGCAAACACAAGAAAUCGUUUGCUGUCCGAUGUGAAUAAAUUAUACAAAGAGUUAUACUGUCGUACAAAGUUAGUAUCGAUAUUGGAGCAUGUAAAUCAUAAACCUCUUCCUCGUGUAGACCAUUCAGGAUUGGAGAGAUUCAUUGGUGAUUUGAUAAGAAGAUUACAACUUGAGAGUCAACCAAUAUCUCAUAGGAAUGCUCCUAGAUUCCAGAAUGAUUUCCGCCGUCAAGAUAUCAAUAAAACCGAUCUUCAUGCGAUUGAUUCCAAAAUAAAACUCAUUAGCGUUGUAGCUGGGGUGAUUAAAGAAAAAGAUUUACCCACCACCACUUUUCCCAUGAGCAUAAAUCAACUGAAUUUCAUAUUGAAGAUACUAUCCAGAGAUGAGAAUUCGAUAACCAAACAGGAAGUUAAUGACAUAACGUUGGAAAUUGACAGAUUUGUGAGAAUCAUGCAGUAUGAGGACAUUUUGUCAACAGGAAAAUCGGAAUAUUCCCCUCACAAACUUGAAGAUAAUGAAAUGGCUAUGUCAAUCAAGAAACUACUGGAAAAACCAGCAAGAUAUGAUAAGGAGCAAGAUGAUGUCUUGAAAUCUGAACUAGAAAAACUUAAGAAAGUCGUCGCUUCUGCCAUUCAAAUCACAGAUGCAGAGAGAGUUAUGAUUGUCGGAGCCGUGGGACUGAGUAAAGGGCACUGUCCGAACCAGAACUCGCCUUCCAAAAACAAAGUGACACUGCUCCUGACCAACUUCACAGGUAUCUGCGGCUUCCCCACCGGCACAAUCUCGAAUUUGGACAAGAUAUGA